AUGGUGUUUGUGAAGCCAUCAAAGUCGAACGCUUACUUCAAGAGGUACCAAGUCAAGUUCAGGAGAAGAAGAGAUGGAAAGACUGAUUACAGAGCGAGAAUCCGUCUCAUUAACCAAGACAAGAACAAGUACAACACUCCCAAGUACCGUUUCGUUGUCAGGUUUACCAACAAAGACAUUGUUGCACAAAUCGUGUCUGCAAGCAUAGCUGGUGACAUUGUGAAGGCUUCUGCUUAUGCCCAUGAGUUGCCUCAGUAUGGUCUCACUGUUGGACUUACCAACUAUGCUGCAGCUUACUGUACUGGGCUUCUUUUGGCUCGUCGUGUGUUGAAGAUGUUGGAAAUGGAUGACGAGUAUGAAGGCAACGUUGAGGCCACUGGAGAGGACUUUUCUGUGGAACCAACAGAGUCAAGGAGGCCUUUCCGUGCUCUUCUUGAUGUCGGUCUUAUCAGGACCACAACAGGAAACCGUGUUUUCGGUGCACUUAAGGGUGCCUUGGACGGAGGACUUGAUAUCCCCCACAGUGACAAGAGAUUCGCCGGUUUCAACAAAGAAAACAAACAACUUGAUGCUGAGAUCCACAGGAACUACAUCUAUGGUGGCCAUGUCUCUAACUACAUGAAGAUGUUGAAUGAGGAUGAGCCAGAGAAGUUUCAAACUCACUUCAGUCAGUACUUGAAGAAAGGAGUUGAUGCUGAGAACAUGGAAGAGCUGUACAAGAAGGUUCAUGCUGCUAUCCGUGCUGACCCCAACCCCAAGAAGACCGUGAAGCCUGCUCCCAAGGCUCACAAGAGGUACAACUUGAAGAAAUUGACCUAUGAACAAAGGAAGAACAAGUUGAUUGAGAGAGUUAAGGCGUUGAAUGGAGCAGCUGGUGGUGAUGACGAUGAUGAGGACGACGAAGAGUAAAUCUCUGCAACUCAUGAUGUCUCUUGUAGCUUUUGAGCUUAAUGUCUCAAUUUUUCUAUUUUCCAGACUAAAACACUCCGUUUUUGUUUUGAUAUUUCAAUUGCGUUGGAGGAUUUUUAUUCUGAGGAUACUAUUUUUCAUUUUAAGAAUUAUCGUCUUUUAUUACAAUUGUCAUGAUUUGCAUGUUAAUGGUAAACCA